CUCUUCUACUCUGAGUAGAGUAACGACCUACCGGGAGCGCGCGGUGAUGGUGUUAAGAAAGCGAUAAAGAUCCGUGUUUUCUUUCUCUUGCUGACACUACAGAGAGUGUGUUCAUUGUAAGCAGGGCUGUCAGAGACACGCUUAUUCAGUCACCCACCGGUAUUACCAACAGGACUGACUGGGAUUUCACUGCGCUCUGCUGGCUCUGUGUUACCGCUAUGGGCUCAGUGUGAGUGAAGAGACAAAGACUUUGGGAUAUAUAUGUUUGGCAUUUGGCUUCUUGUCAGUUUCUCAAAUGCAAACGGAAAUAUGUGGCAAAGCUUCGUCUUACCCUUAACCGGGUUGCUUGGGUUGUGUUCAUGUUCAAAUUUCCCAAGUAACAUCAACAUAGGAGGUUUGUUUCCAACCGACUCCCAUGAAUACGACGUGUUCCGUUUCGCGCUCUCUCAACACAAUGAUGUUCCUAAACUGGUACCACAAGUGGACAUGGUGGACACAGGGAGCAGCUUUGCCAUGACAUACGCCUUUUGUUCCCAGUUCUCCAAAGGAGUGUACGCCAUCAUCGGCCUGUAUGACAGGAAGACCAUGAACAUGCUGAUGUCGUUCUGCGGCGCUCUGCAUGUGUGCUUCGUCACGCCCAGCUUCCCCAUCGAUACCAACAACCAGUUUGUGAUCCAGCUGAGACCUGAGCUCCAGGACCCUCUCAUCGCCCUUGUCGAGCACUUCAAGUGGACCAAAUUCGUCUACAUGUACAGCUCGGACUCAGGUCUGACGGUGCUGCAAAAGAUCUUGGACACUGCUGCUGAGAAGACCUGGCAGGUAACAUCCAUAAACUUUGACACCCUGACAGAAGCAGCGUUCUUGAAAACCAUCCAAGAUCUGGAUAAUAAGAAGGAGUACAGGAUCAUUCUGGACUGUGAGCUGGAGAGACUCAACUCCAUCUUAAACUUGAUUGCGUCACAAAAAAAGAACUUGAAGAACUACCAUUACAUACUAGCAAACCUGGGAUUUCUGGAUCUUAAUCUCACAGAAUUCAGGAAGGCAGGUGCCAAUGUGACAGGCUUCCAGCUCAUGAACUACACAAACCCUACUGUCAGCAGGACAAUACAAGACUGGCUGGAGUUUGACAGUAAAGACUUGAAAAGUCCCAAAAGGAGGCUCAAGUACACUGGAGCGCUCACAUAUGAUGGGGUGACUGUCAUGGCCACUGCCUUCCAAAACCUGAGGAAGCAGCGCAUUGAUAUCUCUCGCAGGGGGAAUGCAGGAGAGUGUUUGGCUAACCCUCCCGCACCCUGGGGCCAGGGCAUUGACAUUCAGAGAGCCCUACAGCAGGUGCAGUUUGAAGGGCUUACAGGACAUGUUCAGUUUAAUGAAAAAGGGCAUCGGACCAACUUCACCGUCAGCGUGAUGGAAUUUGGUCCAAACGGACCCAAGAAAGUGGGCUACUGGAACCAACACGUGAAAUACGUGAGCACAGCUACUUACAGCAACAUGCUCAAUGAGACGUUUGGACUGCAAAACAGGACCUAUGUAGUCACCACCAUCUUGGAGUCUCCAUAUGUGAUGCUGAAGAAGAACCAUGAGCAGCUCGUGGGUAAUGACAAAUAUGAAGGUUAUUGCGUGGAGCUGGCUGCAGAGAUCGCCAAGCACGUGGGCUAUUCCUACAGACUAGAAAUAGUGGGGGACAGAAAGUAUGGAGCCAGAGACUCCGAGACAAUGAUGUGGAAUGGGAUGGUUGGAGAACUAGUGUAUGGCAAAGCAGAUGUAGCUGUCGCCCCCCUCACCAUCACUUUGGUCAGAGAGGAGGUCAUCGAUUUCUCCAAGCCCUUCAUGAGCUUAGGUAUAUCCAUCAUGAUCAAGAAGCCCACAAAGUCCAAACCAGGUGUCUUCUCCUUCUUGGACCCACUGGCGUACGAGAUCUGGAUGUGCAUUGUGUUUGCCUACAUUGGCGUGAGUGUGGUGCUGUUUCUGGUGAGUCGUUUCAGUCCGUAUGAGUGGCACGCAGAUGAUGAAGAGGAUGGAAUGGAGCAACAAACCCAGGACCAGAACCAACCACCUUCACCAGAGCCCAACCAGUCACCAAACCAGCAUGGUCAGAGUCAGAAUCAGCGAGAGGAGAAGCAACCUGAACACACCAAUGAGUUUGGGAUCUUCAAUAGCCUGUGGUUUUCCCUGGGAGCCUUUAUGCAGCAAGGAUGUGAUAUCUCACCAAGAUCUCUCUCUGGUCGUAUAGUUGGAGGUGUGUGGUGGUUCUUCACUCUGAUUAUCAUCUCCUCCUACACAGCCAACCUGGCUGCCUUCCUCACUGUGGAAAGGAUGGUGUCACCCAUCGAGAGUGCAGAGGAUCUGGCUAAGCAAACGGAGAUUGCCUAUGGGACUCUGGAUGGAGGAUCCACCAAAGAGUUCUUCAGGAGAUCGAAGAUUGCGGUAUUUGAGAAGAUGUGGUCCUACAUGAAGUCUACAGAGCCUUCUGUGUUUGUGAAGACGACAGACGAAGGUGUCGUGCGGGUGAGGAAGUCCAAAGGGAAGUAUGCGUAUCUGCUGGAGUCCACAAUGAACGAAUACAUUGAGCAGCGCAAACCAUGUGACACCAUGAAGGUGGGAGGAAACCUGGACUCAAAGGGCUAUGGAGUAGCCACACCUAAAGGAUCUGCCCUGAGAAUCCCUGUAAACCUAGCGGUGUUGAAACUCAAUGAGCAAGCCGUCUUAGACAAACUGAAAAACAAAUGGUGGUACGAUAAGGGGGAGUGUGGAAGCAAGGACUCCGCCAGAAAGGAUAAGACCAGCGCUCUGAGCCUCAGUAAUGUGGCUGGAGUUUUCUACAUUCUGAUUGGUGGGCUUGGGCUGGCCAUGCUGGUGGCCCUGGUUGAGUUCUGUUACAAAUCCAGAAUCGAGUCUCGAAGGAUGAAGCAAAUCAUUGAUGCAGCCAUGCUCGGCUCCACACUGACUAGGAUGGGCAGCGGAGGUGAGAACGGACGCGUGAUGGCCCAUGAUUUCCCCAAAGCGGCACAGACUCUGCCAUGUAUGGGCCAGGCAGCCGCCAUGGGCCUCAGCACCACUGGGAUGUAAACAGCCAUCAGCCUCUCCGAGAUCAGGGGACAUCAGGAGACCGAUGGAAAGAGUGGGAGAGGACAUGAGAGACACUGCAGCGUACCGCUCACCUGCCACUGAAGUACUGCCAAAUGGAUUCAUGGAAACACUCUGGGAUCCAAAUCAAAUUAGAUAAGGAGGGAGGAAAAUCACUUUUCUAAUAUUAAGAUGUGUUUUUUUGGAACUUCUCCGGUGCAAUAAGGAGACCAUGCGUGAGAUGUUUUUGUAUGAAGUAUCAUUUUUGUCAAAACCGAGAAAUUUCCCUCAAUCUCAUAAAUUACUGACAAUUGAACUGCUGUGUUUCCCCCCAAAUAACAAUUUCCAGUUGUGCUCAUUUUAUUCUUUUAAUCACACAUCUCUGUUUGAGGAACAUUUUUGCCCAAAGUAUUCUUCAACCAUAGUUACAUAAUUUAUCAAAUAGGAAUAGUUCACCCAAAAAUGAAAAUGUAAUGUCUAACUUGUACUGUGAAUGAAAAUUGUUCUUAAUGGAAACUGAUUUUGAGAAGUUUUUCCAUUGCAUCACUUGCUCACCAAUGAAUCCACUGCAGUGGAUG